UAUGUGGACUAUUUGGAGCUGAAAGCAUACCUCAGAUGAGCUUUGGAGACUGUUUGUUAGUAGUGUGGUGUGGAGGCUCUGGUCCUGAGGUGCUGGUGUGUCCAGGUGAAAGCUGCGGACAGGUUACUCAGAAUAAUCCUACACACAGACUGCUGACGCCGGUGAAUGUUUUGAACAACAGAGUCCCACAAAUGUUGCAUCUUGCCUUCAAUUAGGAGAGAGGGAUCAGUCCUGGGACCCAUUAGUGGAUACUUUUUUUUAAAUUACAGUUCUGCAUUUGACAAGGAAGCAAUGACCUUCAGUCCUUUUGGAAAUACAACAGCUUUUGUGUGCUCUGUUUAAAUAUAGGUGGAUGGAUUGCAACUCUGUGACAUACUAAAGAUAUAUUAUGGGAACAUAAAUAGAAAAACUGCCAACUCUGCCCUAUGGAGAAUGGAUUGGACAUUCUAUCAAAUCUCAUUAUAAAGUGUUUCUAAAGGUUCUUGAAUAAAGCUCAAAUUAUUGUUUCUGUAAAGAGAAUUCGUCUUUUUUCUUCAACCAGAACUAAUGGAGAAAUAAAACCCUGCUCAUCGUAGAAAGUUACAACAGACAGACUCUCAGUCUUCCUUACCUAAACAUGAGUGUUUCGGAGCCUAGUGAGAUCUUCUCUGUGGGGGGGAAGAGCGGGUCUAGCAUGACACUUCCUCUCCACAGUGCAGGAGACCACAACGGGAAUGCUUUCCCAAUUUCCUCUUCGUCAUCCUCCUCUUCCUCCUCCUGUCUGGGGGAGUUGUCUCCUGAGUCACUGCGGAGUGUGAGCAGCCUCAGCGGUGGCCGGACCGACAGCCCGCUGGACUAUGACAUGCUUGAGGUCACCCUGACGACGACAGUGAUGACCAAAACGGACAAAAUUACAGAGGUUGUCAUUUCAAAAUGGUCACCAGAGGAGGAAAGCAAACAAGAUGACAAUGACGAUGUCUCGGUGGGAAUGAUGCAAACAGCGAACGAUCUGUCAGAAUCCAACGACUACUCAACAACGACGUCUGUUUACCUGGACGCCAACAGCAGCGAAUACCACCAAGACACCUGGAACGACAAUGACAACCUGACACUGGCCUUGUCCUUGACGACACAUGGUGGUGGUCAUGGUAAUAACGAUGAGCUCAGCAGUAGAAGCAGUAAUGGGAAAAGACAUGGCUCCUCAACUCCCGACUCGGAUGCAACAGAAAUCCCUGAAGAUGAUGACGAAGAGGAAGCUUUGUUUCUGUCGGUGUGCUCUGACGUGGAUGUGCGGAGGAGAACCAGCGUGACCCUCACAAGCUCAACUAGCGAGUCCAGCGGAGGCCUGUUGAACCCAAGUGACUCUACUCCGCCAACUGACUUUCAGACAGAGGGGUUCGUAGCUGUGAGCAUAGCCGAUGAAAAGAGUUCAGAGCAGGUGUUAGAAGGGGCCGACGGUGCCUGUCCUCUGGAUUCACCUGGGGAAGGCCAGACAGAGCCUUCUGCUUCUGAGGACCUUAGCGAACCCACCCAGAUAUCAUCUUCUACUCCUUCUUCUACCAAUCCAGUUCAAGAUGCUAAAGAAGUCACAGUUUUUCCGCCUGAGGAAGCUGAAAGAUAUGAGGUGAAUUCCAAACCCACGCAGUCCAAUACCAGUCAGCCAGCCAGAGUAGCAAAAACCAAACCAGCCACUGUGACUUCAACUGCCCCCAAGACUGCUGCCUCCACAGCCGUCAAAACCUCCAGUCUUGAGGCAAAGAGAGUUUCCAAAGUGGACCUAAAGAAUGUCAAGGCUAAAGUUGGGUCUCGUUCCACCCCGUCCCCACCAAAACCACAAGGCCAGAACAAAUCUGCUCCAGCUAAUGGAAAGAAAGCUGUUCCUAGGAAGGAAGAAGUACAGGCUAACGAUGGGGGUAAAAGACAAAGGUCAUCUCCAAUGAAAGUGGCUGUACUGAGACCCAUCAGAGGAAGGAACUGUAACCUCAAAACCAGCCACAAAACAGCAGCCAAUGACUCUGCUCGGCUGGAGAAGAAGACUGCAGCCAUCACUCGAAUGCGUUCGACCUCCAUCAGCUCACUGGGCUCCGAGGUGGCUGAGGAAGGACACCAGGACACACCCAGGAAGGUUGUCCAUGAGAUGUCUGAUACUGUGGAGACUAAACAUCCAAGUGGAGCUGCUGGUGAAGAGCCUGUGGAAGAUCAAAAGGAUGGUACUGGAGAGGCUUUACUGACAGAGCCAGCUGUGGAGAAACCAAGGAACCAUAGCCGGAAAGUCUCCUCUAAGCUGGGGCCCAAUGCCAGGCAGCUGGCGAGAGGCACCAGAGUGGAUAGGGGGCCCUCGGAACCACCGGCUCCACCUCCAGGCACAGGGACCGGACCUCCAGGACAGGGGAGCGCUGGGCCCAGGCAAGCCCAGACUGAUGUCUCCAAGCUGGGAGAGGGUGGACAAAGCGCUGGGGGUGGAUCUCCAAUGAGAGCGAGACUGAGCUUCAGUCAGAGUCAGGGUAUCCCCAAACCUCGCACCGCCGCAGAGCGAGCAUCUGCAUUGGCUUCCCUGGGCCCCGCAGCAUCCAACGCCAAAUCGGCAGCCAAUCAGCAGCCACCGUCCGGGUCUGUCGGACGACCCGCUGCACCCGCUGCAUCAAAGCUUCCUGUGAAAGGAUUACCAACGAGCCUCAGCUCCUCGUCUCUGGGAAGCAACGAGAACAAUGGAGCCACAAGCAAAGCUCCUCUACCAUCUCCUGGAGCUCCAGUACCAACAGGGACCAAGCCAGAUGAGCGGCCCAGCAGAAGCACUCUUCCUGUGGUCAGCCAGAGCGCGGCAAAGCUCACCAGCUCAAGCAGCACAGCCGGCCCCUGCACCAGUGCUCCCAGUGCUCCCAGUGCUCCCAGUGACACAGUCAGUGCUAAUACUGCUGCUCCAAAGCCUCCUGCAAUGCGGAGCAGAGCUCUGUCGUUGCAAGCAAGGACCACGACUACAGGUUUAAAGGCCCCGUCAGUCACCAGCCACAUCACAGCCAAGACAGCCGCCGCCAAUCAAACGGCGGCAAAGACACCUUCCACUGCCAAUCAGGGGCCGACGAAGCAGGCGGCAUCCCAGUAUCCCCUGCAAAGAUGUGGCUCAGCGAGACUCAGUCGACUGAACAGCUCAGUGGACAAAAACAAGCCCCGGGAAGCACCGGCGAGAUCCACAAACAGCAACAGCAGCUCACAGCUACCAGCACCUGCAGGAGGAAACAACCAGAACCAGCAGCAACCUCCUCCAGACCUGGUAUCAGACGUGGUGAAUGCAAACGCAUCAGUGACGUCAGUACUCCCAGCACCUGCUGCUGAGACCACCAACAAUGCGGCCACCGGAGCCUCCGGUCUAGGGUUCAAAGCGAGAACCGGAUCACGAUCCAGUCCCAAAACAGCAUCCCGCCUACAGAAUGCACCCAAGCCUGGCACGGCCGGGACCGCCGUCUCAGACGGGACCCUUGCGGCCAAGCAGAACCAGGGCAAAGAGCAGGUAGAGAAGAAGAACCAGGCCAUCAACCAGCUGAGGAAGCUGCUCAUCCAGGGGAAUAAGAGAGUGGAAGCUCUGGCUACAGUCAUCCAACAUCUCUUCACCGAGCGCGAGGAGACCCUGAAGCAGAAGAAGGAGCUGUCCCUGGAGCUGUCAAACCUCCGAGAUGAGCUGGUCGGGUCGUCUCAGUGCUGCGAGCGUCUGCAGAAGGAGAAGGAGGAGGUGCGCGUCAGCUUGGAGGAGGCCUUGAAGAGGCUACAGGAGCAGCACAAGGAGGAGCUGGUGCAGCUGGAGGACAGAUUGAGGAGUUUUUACCAAACGGAGUGGGAUAAAGUCCACCAGACGUACCAGGAGGAGGCUGAUAAAUGUCGCAUGUUGAUGGAACAGCAGGUGGAGGAGCUGAGGAGCCGACAGGAAGCAGAGAGGAAGAACCAAGAAGAGAGUCACAACCAGAAGAUAGAGUCUCUCAAACAGCAGUAUGACACCUCUAUACAAGAGCUAAAGAUAAUCCAGCGGACUGACCUGGAGAACCUGGAAAAAACACUGAAGGAGACUGAAGCUUCUCUUUCUGAGAAAAUAUCUGAGCUGUCAGCACAGAAGGAGGAUCUGAAUGAGAAGCUGAAAUCAGAGGAGGAGAGGAGGAGGCGGAUACUCUCUGACAAGAAUCUGAAGGACUCCCACACUGUGUACCUGGAGCAGGAGCUGGAGAGUCUGAAGGUGGUGCUGGAGAUCAAGAACAACCAGCUGCACCAGAAGGAGAAGAAAAUCAUGGAGAUGGAUAAACUGGCGGAGACUAAUGUGAAACUGGAGGAGUGUCUGAAGAAGGUCCAACAGGAAAAUGAGGACUACAAGGCCAGAAUGGACAAACACGCUGCUCUUUCAAAGCAGCUGUCCAGUGAACAGGUUAAACUCCAGCAGACGCUGCAGAAAGAGUCCAAAGUCAACAAGCGUCUGUCCAUGGAGAACGAGGAGUUGCUGUGGAAGCUACACAACGGCGACCUGUUGGCGAGCCCCCGCCGCCUCUCACCCACCUCACCCUUCGGCUCCCCACGGAACUCUGCCUCCUUCCCCACCGCCCCACCCUUAUCGCCCAGAUAACCCCACACACAAACAACGCCCCCCUCCUCCCAAAAACAACAGCCCCCUUCCUCUCUCCUCAGACCUUCCCGAUUCUCCUCGUCGUCACCUUUUUCAAGCCUCGCAAGGAUCGAAGCUAUUCCAAAUAACAGUGUUGUUGGAUAUGGAUUCCCGUGAUGAACUUGUACAUUUAUGAAUAAUAAGCGUUAAAGACACUUGUUUUUUUGUUUAGUUUUUUGAAAGUGAAAAGAAAAUCGCAGUGGCACAGAUGCACUUAACGUCUGAGCGUGGGACUGGCCUUGCUCUCUAUCAGUCUCUGUCUACCAAACGCCUGAUUCUCCCAACAAACCUUUCUUCUCUUUUUCUGAAGAAAAACCUAAAUGACAGGCACACCUCAGGGUCUGUAUAUAACGCCUCACUCUCGUUAUGACUAUCCUUACCUGUGUUUUUUUUUUCUUCUUUUGUUAUGUUGUACAGUUUAAAUUCAUCCCGAAGAGGCGGAUGAGAAAAAACCUUGGCGGAUGUACUUGUGAAAACAGACUCAAGGUUGUUUGGGUUUGGCAAAUCGUAAAAUGACGGGUAUUUGUUGGUGGAUUUACAUGGAUUGUUUCGCCUUCUCCCUUCUUUUAAAGAGGACGUUUUUUUCCUUCCCCCCGCAAAGAGUAAAGCUCAAUCAUUGAUCUGCUUUGGACCUCUGGAAGAAAAUGAAUAAACUUGAUGUCCUUAUGAGGACAAACAGGAACAAAUAUUCACCUUAUUCAUCCGAGGAAUUGACCUGAACCUUUUGAUCCGAUGGAUACGUUUUCCUCUGUGUAAGCUCCUCACAACCGCUACCUUAAUUUACUAUGUGGAAUGUAAUCACCCUUGGAUGUUAAGUCUGAGCGGGCCAGUUCAGGCACAACACACACACACACACACACACACACACACACACACACACGCCAUAUGCAGUUUAUUUAAAGAGGAGGGUGCUUGACAGGACCAUGUACCCCUUCCCCUUAACCCCCAAUUUACUUUAUCCCUUAAAUCCCUCAUUAACAUAGGAACAUGACUCCCACAUCCUCUUAAAUCACCUCGUGCCCAAACAAACAAACAAGGCAAAGCAGUUGAACUGGUGACUGGUGAGUUUAAUGUGUUAGUUUGCUUUGGGUCACACGUUAAAUGACCAUAAAACCUGCCAGCAAUGGUUGCAGUCAUUUAAAAAACUGAUACACACACACACACACACUGGCCUCUGUUUUUCACUCUGUCUGUUGUUUGUCCUCAAAGAACCUCAGAUGUGCCCAUAAUGCCUCAGUGAACCAUGUUCUGUUUUAUUUUGGACACUGAAUAAAUACAA